AUGGCUAUGGAACAUGAUUUAGAUAAUGAGAUGAUUGUAGGGGAAGAGGGGAAAAAGAGAGUGAGGGGGAUAUUGAGGAUAGUAGUGAGAUGGAAGGGAGAAAUAGGAGAUUGCAUGGAAUCACCCAUUUGUUAUCGACGACUGCCAAGGGGCAAGCCGACCGGUCGCAAUAAAAAUAUUAAGUUGGAAUGUCCGAGGUUUGGAGAGUCCUCGGACAGUUCAUCGACUUCGGCACUCGCUGAAGAAAUACUAUCCCCAAGUGAUCUUCUUAAUGGAGACCAAAAUAAACAAAAACGGAUGGAAAAAAUUCGAAGAAGUUGUGGUUUUCACUUUGGAAUUGAUGUUGAUUCGAUUGGGUCUAGAGGAGGACUUAGUUUAGCAUGGAGAGGGAAUGUUAGUAUAGCACUGCAGAGUUUUCCAAAUAGACAUAUUGAUGUGAUCAUCGGGGAAGAAGGAGAUGGAGAAAAGUGGAUAUUUAUAGAUUUUUAUGGUUCUCCUUAUUCAUAUGAUAGGGAGGAAUCAUGGAACUUGUUGCAACAAUUACAAAACCAGGGAGAUAACCCAUGGCUGGUUUGUGGGGAUUUUAAUGAAAUCUUAUAUAGUUUUGAGAAGAAAGGUGGUUUGCCAAGAGAGAAGAGAAGGAUGGAAGCCUUUCGCAAGGCUUUAGAAGAUUGUAGUUUAGUGGAUUUGAGUUAUUCAGACCAUUGCCCACUUAUUGAUACGGAUUACAGAGUUAAAAGGAUAGUAGAAAAGAGGUUCAAGUUUGAAGCAUGGUGGAUUUUGGAAGAGACAUUCUUGGAUGAAACUAAAAGUAUUUGGGAAAACUCAACAGAAGACCUUGUGAAAAAGUUGGAAAGCUUAAAAAGAGGGUUAGAAAGAAAUACAGCAUUCUUUCAUAAACAAGCAUCGCAACGAAGGAAGCAAAAUAGAAUCCACAAGCUGCAGUGUGAAGACGGCAGAAAGACAGAGGAGUGGAAGGAUAUGGAGGAAAUUGCUAGAUCGUACUUUUUACGUUUGUUUUCAACAGGAGGGAAAAAUAGCUUUGAGAAUAUCUUGACAGGAAUUAGAAGGUGCAUCUCUGAGGAAGAUAACAUUAAACUAAAGGCAAGGUUCACAAAUGAGGAAAUUUGGGAAGCUCUUUCAGAAAUGGGACCUACAAAAGCAUCAGGAGAUGAUGGUUUCCCAGCCUUAUUCUAUCAAAAAUGUUGGUCAAUUAUUGGGGAUGACGUCUCCAAUUUUUGUCUCCAAAGAUUAAAAAAAGGAAGGCUGAUUUCUGAUAAUGUGCUACUUGCUUAUGAAAUUCUACACACCUUGAAACUGAAGAGGGUAGGGAAAAAAGGAUUCAUGGCUAUUAAACUAGACAUGAGUAAGGUGUAUGAUAGGGUUGAAUGGGGUUUUGCGGAAGGUGUAAUGAAGAAAAUAGGUUUUGAUCCAGGAUGGGUUGAUUUAGUACUAAAUUGCGUCUCUUCAGUCUCAUACUCUGUGAGUUUUAAUGGAAACAUUGGUCAAACGUUUCUCCCAUCGAGAGGUCUUAGACAAGGGGAUCCUCUAAGUCCAUUUCUAUUUCUUAUUUGUAGAGAAGGAUUCUCAAGUCUAAUGAGGCUAGCAAAAGGUGAUAAUGUUCUUAAAGGUGUUAAAGCAAGUCAAAGAGGGCCGGCUAUCUCCCAUUUACUAUUUGCAGUUGUAUUUUAUUUGCAGAAGCUACUGAAAGGGAAGCACAUUCAUAAAAACAGAUACUGCAAGAAUACGAGUCAAGUUCCGGGCAAUAUGUGA